AUGUUCAAGCAAUCGAUCCGUGCUGUGUCUUCCAGAAGAUUGUUGUCUGUUACCCCAAGAGCUCACAAUGCUGUGAGCGAGUUGUACAUUCAGCAGAUCAAGCAGUUCAAGCCCACUCCUGUGAAUGCUGACUCUGAGGGUAUCAAGCACUUUCAGUUGCCAAGCAAGCCAUCGAUUCCUUCUGACGAGGUUUCUGCUGACGCUGUGAACGCUUACGAGUCUUCUGAGGUCGAGACCGAGUCUGCUCCUGCUGCUGGUUCUGUUCCAGCUGGUGAGGAGGACUGGUUCGUGUUCCCAGAGGAGGGAGAACACCACUAA